CAAAAAAAAAAGUUACCCAAAGCUAAAUUAAAGACCACAUCAUUUCCUUAAAACACUCUCACACUUUACCCAAAAUUCAUCACAAUUCACAACCAAACCUUUCAACUUUAUUCUCUCUUCUCUAAUUACACAUUUUCUCUCUCAUCAAAAUGGCACCUCUCGCAGUUGGAGACGUUAUUCCCGACGGAAACUUGAAAUAUUUCGACGAAAACAAUCAAUCUCAAGAUGUUUCCAUCCAUUCUCUUUCCGCCGGCAAGAUCGUCGUUAUUUUUGCCGUUCCCGGCGCUUUCACACCUACUUGCAGUCAGAAGCAUGUACCUGGAUUCAUUGAAAAGGCUGAGGAAUUGAAAUCUAAGGGAGUUGCUGAAAUUCUCUGUAUUAGCGUGAAUGACCAGUUUGUGAUGAAAGAAUGGGCUAAGACAUAUCCGGACAACAAGCAUAUCAAGUUUCUUGCUGAUGGUAGUGGAGCUUACACUCGUGCUCUAGGCCUUGAGCUCGACCUUUCAGACAAAGGGCUUGGAAUUCGGUCUCGUAGGUAUGCUCUCCUUGUCGAUGAUCUCAAAGUGAAGGUUGCCAAUAUUGAAUCAGGUGGGGAAUUUUCUGUCUCAAGUGCUGAUGAAAUCCUCAAAGCCUUGUGAAUGUCCAAAUCGCAUCGUCUACACCCACUUUUGUUUGAAGCUGUCCCUAGACUUUGAGUAUGGUAUCAGCGUGCUUUUUCGUAGCAAAAUAAUGUUGUGUAUGUUUCUGAGCUUUGUUUUAUCUCAUAAUCGAUCGUUUUGGUUGAUUCGGACUUGGUAAAAGCAUAUCAUUGUAGGCGAAAUGGCUCAUAUGUACACAAGAAACACUUAAUUAUCAUUAGUAUCAAUCCUAAAUCAUUUCAUGUUUGUUAUA